AUGGGCUUUCCUCCUAGGGUAUACCAAUUUCUGGUAGGCACAUUUGCUGCACUUGGAUCAUUCCUCUACGGAUAUGACCUUACAAUUGUGGCCGAAGUGCAUCCAAUCGUCUACUUGCAGGAACUAACGACAGUGGGUUUGUCUUUCUCAGUGGUAUCUAGCGGUUCUUUCUUGAACUAUUUCAGCCCGACUACCACAGAGAUAGGCCUAGUUGCUUCGCUGCUCACGGCGGGCGCAGUUAUCGGGGCAGGGUUGGCGUACCCGUGCUCAGAUUACUUUGGCCGCCGAGCAACAAUCUUGGCUGGCGGGGUCAUCUUCUGCCUGGGAGGUAGUUUACAGACCGGCGCCCGUGACUAUGGCUACAUCUUGGGAGGCCGUUUCAUUGCAGGUGUCUCCGUCGGUGUCCUCACCAUGAUCGUUCCAAUUUAUCAAGCAGAAUUAGUUCACCCCAAUAUUCGAGGCCUGGUCACCGGACUACAACAGUUCAUGCUCGGCAUUGGUGGCGUCUGUGGAAGUUGGAUCAGUUAUGGCACCUAUGUUAGUUUUGCAGACAAUCGCCAAUGGCGCAUACCGUUAGGCAUCCAGAUUGUGCCAGCUGCUCUUCUGUCCAGUCUGAUUUUCCUUUUUCCAGAAUCCCCUCGCUGGCUCAUUAGCCAGGGUCAGCUGGAGAAAGGUCUACAGACUCUGGCACGGCUACAUGCCAAUGGUAACACAUCCGAUCCGUGGGUUCUCGCUGAGUUUGAGCAAAUCAGAGCGCAGGUUGCCGAAGAGAAAGAACAUAGUCAGGUCAAAUUCUCUCAGUGGGUCACUGAUAAGUCAAACUUCCGUCGUCUGCUGUUAGCUUGCGCGAUGCAAGCUGCCACACAAAUGACCGGAGUCUCCGCAAUUCAAUAUUACUCGGUCACCAUCUUUAAACAAAUUGGCAUCGAUGGAACGGACACCCUCCGCUACCAAGCGAUUAACUCAAUCAUUGGCCUUAUUGGUGAAUUUCUCCUCAUGAUGGUCGUCGAUAAGAUAGGUCGUCGUAAACUUGUGGUUGGUGGAAACCUGGCCAUGUGUCUCACAUAUGUGAUCAGCACAAUUCUUCUAGCUCAAUUCCCUCCCGAGGUGCACAACACUGGUGCACAUUGGGGUUUCAUUAUCAUGACAUGGGUUUAUAAUUUCUGCUUCGCCAGUAUGGGAUCACUGUCCUGGAUGAUCCCUGCCGAGAUUUUCGAUACGGCAACCCGAGCCAAGGGUGUAGCCUUGGGUUGCAUGGUAUCAUUCGCCUUUAAUACAAUGAUUGGCCAAGUGACACCUAUUGGAAUGGAAAACUCCGGCUGGAAAUUUUACAUCCUCUUUGUGGUCUGCAAUUUCACGAAUGCCGUCUUCUUUUGGGCCAUGCUUCCGGAGACGAAACAGUUGCCCCUUGAAGAGAUGAAAAGUCUCUUUACUGAGAGCCCCUGGUUCAUCCCUAACUCCGCGAAAAGCGAGUAUCUAGUUAGUGAGACCAGGAUUCGGGCGCAACAGAUUAAAGAUAAGGGAUUGGACAGCGGAACUGGCAUGACUGAGCACGAUGAGGUAACUGCUUGA